AUGGCUGCUAUCACCGGUGUUGCGUCCGGGGACUAUACAGACCUCUUCAUAGACUGGUGGCAAUUCAUCCUCAUCGCCUUCAUUCUCCUUUCGCUAGGAAUCGGUGCUUCUUUUAUCUCGUACACAGUGUUCAUUAAACUUCGAGAAAGAUGGACGAAACACAGGUCGACUCCUCGUCGGGCUUCAGCGUCGGUCAGGGCAUUCAUGAAUGGCGCCGCUCAAACCCUCUCCCACCGUCGUAUCGAAAGAAUACAGGGUAGACCUGGAAGUUAUGGAGUAUAUCUCGGCGAAUUUGCGAGUCCUCCAACUCAGUAUCAAAUAAGGCUUCUAGCACAAUGGGACUUACUCAUUUUUGAUCCCUUGCGGCCCGGUAUCGUGGAAGCAAUGCUGAGUGGGCGGUACUCCUUACCCUCGCAAGCACUUGCCCGCCUUGAUGUUCGCACAGUUGCUGGCGUCGUAGACGUCGAAGCGCUCAUAUGCAUCACAGAGUGGCUGCAGAACUUGAUGGAGACCUGCAAAGUCAUUUCUAGUCACAACAACAUAAUAUCUGGCGUUCUGAUCAGCAACUGGGAAAAUCAGCUUACUGUGCCGCUACUGAAAGAAUUCCUGUAUCUUGUUGACUCACUUGGUCUUUGUGCGUAUCUCGAAGCGGCAGCUCCCGUUUUUCUUUUCGAUGCGGAACUUGCGAAUUUAGAUGAAGUCAAGGGUAUUGUUAUUCGAAAUGGUACCAUCUCCCCAAACGGCGAAGAGCGAGAUGCAUUCCAGAUGUCUGCCAUGCGACCCACGAUUAAGGCGUUCGUCUCUCAAGCAUGUCUGAGGAGUUUUGUUGUAUUGCUUUGGGAAACGCUGGAUCAAGAUGCCUUACCCCUGAACGCUGUCGUCAAGAGAAGUUACCAGUGGUCAAGAUUCUACAGUGCGAUACCAUGGAUAGGGUCGGAAAAUGCCCUUGAAUCUGCCGAGUUGUGUCUGAAGCAGAUAGAGCCACUUGGUGCGUUUGAUUGGCUGAAGGAAUUGAAGGUCAUGCAGUUUCAUAACAAAUGGCGCUCUAACUGCACCAUCCACCCCCACUACAUCGUGGAAUCAACUUUGCCCGUAAAAAAGCUUCAGGAGCUUCUCUCAGAUCUUCCCGCCGCUGCGUCGAACGACCCCUGUUUACUAUAUGAUGAAAAUGCAUUUGAACGGGCCACUAUCAGUUCUACCGGCACAUAUGAUGGAGAGAGCAUAAACGGGUGGUCGUCAGACUCCAUGAAAUCGAUAAUUGAUGGCGGAGUUUCAACCCCAACGGUGUCGCUUAGUUCUGCGUCACUCUCGGUCGGCUCGCUCACGUGGCUUUCUCUUUGGGACCAAAGUACUGGCAAUCCAAUAUCAAAAUCACCUAGUGGAUUAUCCUACGACUAUCUUGGAUGCUUUCCGCUUGGCCUUGAAAUUUCUAAUAAAGCAUUCCUAGAGGUGAUGCAAUAUCAAUCGCGUUUCAAGGGAAUGAACCUAUUAGAGGACAUGAAACUACCAACAAUUCACGGCAUAGGCAAAAGUAUGUCAGAAUUUUGCGACUUUCUUGAGGACGAAAAUUUAGAUCACUUGUCUGAUUGUCUAAACGCAAUGGCAGACCUGGCUCACCUACUUUCCCAAGCUACCUCAGACGGUUCCGAUCUGCGAAUCCACAUUGGUCUCGAUCAAGGCUUUCAGGUACGGCCAGGCGUUCGAUUUUGGGGUGUGUACUCCCUUGAUGAGGAGCAGGUUCUAGACAUAUUUUUAUCCAGAAAUGUUCCGGAUUUUGCGACGGCAAUACUCCACACAUUCUUGUCCAGCCGAGGGUUCUCAAGAUAUCAGUGUUUCCAGGCAGAACUAUGCUACUCUGGAUGGCUCAAGCGCCUAGACCGUUCUUCAAAUCUCUCGCCGAGAAUACAACAUGACCUGACUCUUCUAUCACCAACGGAACUACUUGGAUUUCUCCAAAUGCUCAAUUUGACUACAGCCACUGGGGACUCGUCUUUGUUGAACUUAAUUCGGCUGGCGUGCGAAAACCAAUUACUGGACUGUACGGACUUCGCUCAAAUUAAGGAAGUGGGCACGACUGGUUACCUUAGUGGUCGUGAAUCAGCUUGUGACCUGAUAAGGUCCCGCGUUGAGUGGUAUCAACAAAUGGGCUGCCAUCACCCCAGCUUUUCGUCAUGCUUGGAUAACUUUCUUCGUAUCGAUAGGGUCAUCACAAAGAUUCUCCGGGAAAGGAAUUUUGCCAUUCUCUCUGAGAUAACCGAUGGCUUAGCCGAGGCGUUUGAAGUUGAUUGUAUCGACUCUAGAGUAGACAUGAUUGCAUUUUCCGUAUUCUGUGCUAUGCGAAGGCAUGCAUUCGAUGAGGCAUACAUGGAAGUAACGGAUCGCAAUACUUUAUUCAACGAUCAGAGCGAUCAAGCAGCGGCUUUUGCUGAACUCUUCGCUACUGGAGCUCGUUGUGAGGCAUAUUUUGAUCUCACGCCGAGCGCGUUUGGAAAGCUACUAUCUGAUAGGUACAGAGCUUAUCACCAUCGGGCAGGAUAUGAACCUCCAAUCUGGUCGGACAUGAACCCUACAACUCAGUCAGCUUACGCUGCCGCAAAAAUUGACGUCGACCCGGACACUAAAAUGUCUUCUAUGUCAAUGCACCAAAGAGCCACAUUCCUGAGCGUCUUCGCCAUCCCGGCGCUUUUGGAUAUUAUUCUUCUUACCACAACCGGCCGAGGACUCUAUCUAAGUGGGUCUAUGAGCGACGAUGAAAAGCACUCGGCAACUCUUGCUCUUAUGAUUUCGCUGCUAAUUUCGGGAGCGGUAGGUACCUGGAUUACCUGUGGUGGAUCCUACUACCUUAUCUCGAUGGCUUUUUCAGCGAUGAACAUGUUUGUAAUGACCAGAUUGGUUGGUGGUCUUGCCUUCACCUUGGCUAUUGCCACCAUCGGACUCAUAGCCGUGAGCGCUACGAAUGGUUUUAAUGCGGGAAUUGUCUUUUUUCUAUACCUUGUCGCUCUGACAACUUACUUGUGUUUGCUAGCAACUCUAGCCAAUUUUCAAUAUCCUGGGUCGGGAUUUCUAUCAGGACGUCCGGUGAUUGUGAUGGUUGUUCCCUUUCUUUUUAUCUCCCCCGUGGUCGCAAUCUGGGUCCCCAAUCGCGACAUCUAUAUCUACGUCUCUGUCUUAUAUGCUUUUCUAUUUCUGCUCACUCUUGGGGUACGACACACUGGAUCAAAAUGGACGACAUGGUAUUUAGAGAUAGAAAAGCUCACCGACCAAAACUUACGAGAGUGGUACCUUCAAACGCAAAAAGACGGUAACGAAAAAGAUCUUGCGGGCAUGACCGAUCCUGCAGUCUUGAAAGUUGCGAGGACGGCGAUGACAAAGGCGGUAACAGAUGCGAGAAAACGGUUUCAGCGAAAAAAAUGUGGUGAUCCACUUGUUCUAGCACUUGCAAAAAGCUACGAUGCUACUGUCUUCCUGCUUGAAUGGUACAGCGGAUAUUCUGGAACUCCCCUUCCUAUACCAUAUUCGUCCACCUGGAAUAUGCAGACAAAGGUAGCUUUGCAGACACUCACGCAGUUACAGACUGGUAUGCGUCUUCACAACGCGUUCAUACAUUGGCGUCAAGCCGGAGACGAAGUCGGUUGCAGCAUUCUAUAUUUUAUCGUCGCUCUUCUCGACAAGUGGUCCUCGCUACUUGAUGGCGGCCAGCUUCUCGGUCUUUCCGCCAACAACACCAAAUAUAGAAUGCCUGUCGGAUUUGCACUAGCAUAUUACCUUAUUGGCGCAGUUCUCCUCGACCUUAACGCCACCAAGCUUCAUAAAAUGACAGCUGCUGGCCAAAAUAUGCUCAUUGGUGAUGUGAAAUCAAUUCCUGAGGCUGUUAGACGGGAAGUUACAGCGCGACGAAACCUGUAUUGGACCAUGCUUUGCCGCUAUCUUGGAAUGCACGUUUGGAGUUUAGCAAUCGCUUCAGUGCUCUUGUGGAUCUUUGAUAGCACUAAGGAGUCGACCAUACUGUUCCUUUCGUAUAUUCUUGCUUAUACAGGUCUCUUAUGGUAUCAGUACACCAAGAUAUUUGCAGGUCCCCGAAGCCUCAAGCCUCUGUUAGCAGCUGUCAUUGUUGGCCUUCCCCUAGGCCAGGUCCUUAGGUAUCAUUUCCAGGACUUCAUGUACUGCGAUACUGUAACCCUAGGAGUUGCGACUUGGACGGCGGCAUUCCUCUCUCUUUAUUAUGCCCGUAUCAAAAUGAAGGAAGUACAUAAAGAACAGACUUCUACGACCCUCACGUGGCACGAUGAUACAGUGUCUCGCAUAGGAGGCUAUCACGCUUUCACUGACCCUGGACAGGAUCCUCUGUUUUCUCAGGAGGAGCUCCAGAUCAUCUUCAACAAUCUACGCUCUAUGCGAAAGGAAGAACGUUACCGACUCGAUCCACAAGGCAAUCCUGGUAUCGACAUCAAAGGAGUCAUUUUCCAAGCACUUGAACAAUAUCGUGAACCCCGAACAGCUUUGGCAAAAUUCGCCGCAGAGGCAUUUCCAGAAGCCACCGAGCUUCUAGAACUUACCAUAUCGGCAUUCGACCGCGGAACAGUUAUUGUUGAUUGCGUCUCGAUGAAGGCAAUGAAUGGUGUCGCACAGAAUGUGAAGGCAUUAAGCCUUUUCUUCGACGGAAGACUUCAUCUCUUGGUAGGAUGCGCCAUGAUGGACUCCGAGCCACAAGAAAAGCUCAUCCACAAUUUUUGUCGAAGCACUGCUGAAAUUAUUCUUCACGGAAUCGCCGAGACCUUUAUGGGUAUGAACCAUGAUGAUUCGUCACUUUCAGAGUCUUUGAUAGUUGCCGCGACACAGUCCAAGAAAAUAAGAUACUCCCCAGUGUCAAGUUGUAUUCGAGAGUAUCUAGCAACAUCAGAACCAAAUUCAACACAAGCCAAGUCACUAUCAAAGCACCUCGAAACUCGGUCAUUGAACUAUCUCAGUUUGCAAAUACAGACAGAAACCGCUUGGGAUGAAUUACCGAGGGACAUUCGCGAUUUGGUGAUACGGAGAUGCACCGGUCAGGAAGCUGUCUCCACACGGUCUCAGAACGAGUGGCUUGUUUUCAACAAGGCUUUGAAGCUUCCAGUCAAAACAUUCUUGACUCGUUGCAACUAUGGAGCUUAUGUUACGAUGGCUUGUAGGAAAUACUCACUUGGUUCGAGGGACGAUGACUUGGAUGAGAGUUUACACCACCAGGACUCGUUGGAGUCCCUCAGAUUCUUACGGGUCGUACAACCGAUCGAGCAGCGUACCAUACGUGAGAUACUUCAAGACACUAAAGCUCCAAUCAGCACAAUAUAUCAUAAAAUUGGUGUAUGCCUCAAACUUAUGGCAAUUGCUUUUGUUGCGGAGCCGGAAUUCCAGAGAGAACUUACAUAUGCAUUGAGCUCCAGCUCAAGAUUCGUCGCGUGCACCACAAUGUUCUUAGCAACUGGUAUUUGGACAUAUACAAAAUGGCUCCAGAGUAUGAUCAUGCCUAUAUUCUUGCUCCAUGGUCGCAAGAAUGUCGGCACGUUCUGGAGUCGUAUCGGAGGUACGACUGUCACGUUGAAACGACAAAAGAUUUCAAUUGAGAACACCGACGGCUUUUCAACAGCGUUUGUACAUGCACCUUACGGCACUGGGGGAACUUUCAAAGUCCAUCAGUAUAUCGGCAAACUAGACAAAGAGCCAGAGGAUAACGCCAAACUCCAGCGUGUUAGUACCUACAGCAGCAGCAAACUAUUAUUAAGGAGGGAAGAGUUCAAUAAUGGCGCCAAAAUAAACGUUUACAGAUAUGAAUAUCCUGAUAAGAGCGAGACUGAGAAACGCAAACGCCUUUGUAGAGCUCACAACCCUCGCAUUCCAAUCUCACGAAAGUGCGUCGAGGGAAAGAAUGAGUUUGAGGACGUUCAGUUUAACUCGCGAGGUCUUAUUCAAAGCGGUUCUCAUAUUCUCAACGGAAGUCUGGUCCGGUUCAAUUGCCACUACAGACAAGGAAGCGAUUUUGAAGAUGAGCUUUUGAGAGCCGAGUUCGCGCUGCCGCACUUGACCUGCACUGUGUCAUGGUCAGCACCGCCGGCUACACAUCAGGAGAGACUAGACAAGUGGAUUCCGCAUUCACAGGUGACUGAAGCAACAUUCGUUCUGGAUUCUGACGUUUAUGAAUCACACUGGACAUACGAUCAUAAAUUUCACCCAACGAUUCAUACUACGUUGAAUGGAGAAGAUAUAGACACGCCCCCAAUCAUCCAGUGGGAUCACCUAGGAGUACUGAAGAAGCCGACAAAGUCAAGCUUCUCAUUUGAUGACCCCCUUGUCAAUUUCAAAUCACUCACACCUCACGCUCUGCCACAAUGGAUGGGUGUCAAUACCCACCGGAAUCGUGUUUCUACGUCUCGUGCGCGAUCAAAACUCUGGACUGCAUGGAAGUCAAAGCCCGGAUUCGACGGUGUCAUAAUGAGAUACUUGGAUGAGCAACUGCUUAGAAGGGAACCAUUACUUCGACCAUAUUGGCGUCGAAGAGACCGUGGUAAUCUCAUUGGAGCUGAAACCUUCCUGAAUGAGAAUGCAGACGCGAUUAUGGCGACUGUCGACUUGGACAAUUCCAUUUCCGGCUGGGCGCCUCUAGCAAUGAAAAUAGGGGAUCUUUACAGCUUCGGCCAGGGUGGCGACGCUAAUAGCCGCACGAGGAAGAAAGCUCCCGAUUUUGAUAAUGGCGAGUUACAAGUUCUUGCUCUUGAUUCAGGGACCUGGCCAAAUGAAGGUGGAGGUGUAUCGGCAUGCCGACGGGAUAUGAUCAACAAUCUUCGCUCUGUAAAUUGGCACAUGAUAGCCGAGUCAGCGAACGAUUCUGGUCUUCCAAAGCAUCAAACCGAGAUGAACGUACGCAGCUUAAAAGUCAUCCCGCUUUGGGGAUUGGAUUUCAUGACGCCCACCCAUGGUCUGUUUAAGGAUCGCCUAGAUGCGGAGGUUGAGCACAUACCGAGAUAUGCCACAAAACUAGAUGUGAAAAGUAAUUUCCUACCAAUCCUUGCGGCUCUUGUCAAAGGAGCUCGAACAUCCAAUUUCAGCAUGGCUGAUAUUGCUCAAACGACGCGAGCUCUUGUGAACCUUAACACCUACUUCUCAGAUUCCAAGCAUUGGAGUGCUAUAUGGACAAGCGAUGUUGUUAAAAAGGCAUGGCGAAACCUUUGGAUAAGCCAAGAUCUGGUCAGUCCAACUCCGUCGGAGACCUGGUUCCAAACAGAGAUUCCAUCGGUCGCUCAACUCGAUGCUGCGCUAGACCUGUGGCAUCGUUAUCUGUUCAUUAUGUCAAUACCUAUACCAGAACGCAUACCUGCAAUCUUUCAGGCCUCUCACCACAGUGUCAGUGCUUCCUACGGUAUCGUUUGCAAAAUAAAACGUGGGUCUACGCUGCAAAUUUGGGACCAUGCUAUAAGUUGGCGCGAAACAAAUCUCUAUCUGUCUUCAGAUCUCUGCACCAUGGCACCUUUUGUGCGAAACGCCUUGCUGGGACUCAUGAAAGUUACCAGUCAAUUAAUCCUCCAUCAUGCCGAUACUAUACUACCAUGUGCCGACUUCUUCAAUCCAGGCUGGGAGGUCGAGAUUGGCAGCAGCCAGGGUCGACUUGAACACCGCAACACAUUCAAGAGAAAGAUUGAUCCCGUCGUCAACGGCAUCCCCGACAUGUCCAAAUUCGCACCGAUCAAAAAGAUCACAUCCGAGCUUCCAACAGUUACUAUGUUGUCGCAUGUUUGGUAUGCAAAAGACAUCAAAACUGCCAUUUUGGCAGCGGAUAUAAUAGUAAAUGAAUGGGGGUUCACUGACUAUCGUCUUGAUAUUUACGGGGCAGUCGACAAAGCACCAUCAUACUCAACCGACUGCUUCGAGAUCAUAGCCUCUAAAUCUCUUCCGCGCUUCGUAAACAUGCGUGGAGAAGCAAAUCCCUCCACCGUUCUCGCAAAGACCUGGGUCUUCCUGAACUCAUCUAUCUCUGAAGGCCUCCCGCUUGCCCUCGGAGAGGCAGCCCUCACAGGAGCCCCCGUAGUCUGCACCGACGUAGGUGCAUCUCUACGAGUCCUCACGGAUCCAGACACAGGAGCAUGUUACAGCGCCGUCGUCGCACCCAACGACGCUCGCAAUCUCGCCCGCGCCCAAAUCAACUUCCUAGCCCUCCUCGAUGAAUGGUCAUCCUACGCCGAAGACCCUUCCGAUUUCAAAUGCCCAACCAUAACAGACAAACCCACUCCCGACGAAGUAGCAGGCAUCACCGCGCGGAUGUACGCUAAAACCGAACAACGACGUGCUCUAGGUAUGCGCAGUCGCGAAAUCGUCCAUAAAUCCUUCGGCGGGGAACGCUACCUCCGCGAACACGAGCAGAUGCUCUGGAUAGGAAAAGCACGCUACGAUAUCCUCCACGCACCCGCUCAACCCAAACGUCCCGCGCUGCGUCCAGCCAUGCCAUCUGGCCCCGUCCCAUCAAACGUCUGGAAUACAGCAGCGAUCGGUCCCUCAACGCCGCUUACACGGCCACAACUCUCGUCCACGCAGACGUCGUCACUUAUGGUGCCUUCACUGAGCGCGACGACGUUGAUGUCGCCGGGGAUUCGCAGUUUGUUCGAUAGCGGCACGACGAGGGCUAGUCGCGCGAGCACUUUGGCGACGCCGACGACGACGAAGAAGGUUAUGCCGGCGAGGGUUACGCUGUUAAGGAAUGAGGGGAGGGGUGGUGGUGGUGGACAGAGUAUGAAGAUUAAAAGGUUAGCUGGGGAGGAGACGUUUGUGUCGGGUGUUACUGCUGCGUUGAGGAAUGUGUGA